UAUCAAUUAUCGAUAACUAACACUGCUGACUAAUAAUUUCGUUUAUCUAAAGAAAGUUAAUUUAAAUUAAAGGCCAUGCACGGACGUGUGAAAGUGAGGACCACGGAGGAGGAGCGCGAGCGGAAGAAGAAGGAGCAGGCUCUCAAAGUGCGGGCCUAUCGGGCCGCCAUGGGAAGGAUUCAAAAGAAACGGGAGGCGGGGGAGCUGGACAGCGAAAUGCUCACCCUGACGGUUCAGAUCUUGCAGCGAAAUCCGGACGUGAGCACUCUGUGGAACAUUCGCCGGGAGUGCGUCCUCGAGAAGCUGUCCAAGCUGAAGGAGGAGGCGGAGGAUGAGGCGGAUAAGCCCGAUCAAGCAGAGCCCCUGGGCGAUAAGCCCCCUGUGAAGGAGGACAAGGCCCAUUCCAUAUUCACCUGCGAACUGGACCUCACCGAGCAGUGCCUGAUGGUCAACCCCAAGUCCUACAGCGCCUGGCACCACCGCUGCUGGACCCUGGAGCAGAAUCCCCAUGCGGACUGGCAGCGGGAGCUGCAGCUGUGCAACAAGUACCUCAAGUACGACGAGCGCAACUUCCACACCUGGGACUACAGGCGGUAUGUGACCGCCAAGGCCGCGGUGCCCGCCGCCCAGGAACUGGACUUUUGCACCGAGAAUAUAAAGGUCAACUUCUCCAACUACUCCAGCUGGCACCAUCGGAGCCUGCUGCUCCCGGAGCUCUACCCCAACGAGCAGAGGGAUCGGCCGAUGAGCGAGGAAAAGCUGCAGCAGGAACUGGAGAUGGUGCUGACGGCCGCCUUCACGGAUCCCAACGACAGCAGUGCCUGGUUCUACCAGCGUUGGCUGCUGGGCAGUGGGGUCCAGCUAGAUAGGGCACCCAGGAUAGCUGCUUUUCGACUGGAGUCUCAUGGGGCAGUCCUCGCUUUAGAUAAGCCCUACCCAGAUCUAAAACAACUGAAGACCGAGUUGAUUGGCGGAGGGCAGACUGUUGAAUUGCAAUCCUGGCUGCCAGUGGACAGCUCUGGCACCAGUUGGAAAUGCCAGCAGACCUUCGAUUACCAAAGAAACGCAACCUACUCCUUUAAGCUCUGCGAACAGGAGGUGGGCCUCUCACCCCUGCCUGGCCCCGAGGAUGGAGCCUUUUACUUUGCGCCACCGCAUGCCGCCGCCUGUUGCAGCAAGGAACUCUUGGCGGAGCUGCAAACGCAGCUGCAAUCCUGCCUAGAUCUUCUGGAGUUUGAGCCGGACAGCAAGUGGACUUUACUAACAAGUGCCCUCCUAAUGCGUGCCAUCGAGGUGUCAGCCAACCACGAAAAGAGUUUGGCACACUUGGCCAAGCUGGAGAAGGUAGAUGCUUUGCGGGAGGGAUACUACAAGGAUCUGGCGGCCAGGUGGACAUUGGAGUAUGAGCUAGCCAAGUGGCCACAAGCAGCAGGAUUUCCCAGGAACUUUACGUUGGCCGAGGACGUACUGCUGGCCUCGCUGCCUUAUGGACAAUACUUUGUCAUUGCCGACGAGUUGAAUUUGUCCAUCAAGCUCAGGGAGCAAUUGGGAGAUUCAGUGCCCAUAACCUUUGCCGACUUAAAGGUGAAAGGAGAUUUUUAGACUAGUCUAGCUAAGUUGGAACUUAUGUUUCUUUUGAACUGGUUUCCAUUGGGUAAACUCUAUUUUCCAUUCGGUGCUUACUGAGCCUUUUACGCAAUUGGCUAUCCUGGUAAAAUUUUAAAGGAUAAAAUCAAUUUAGCAGUUAUUCCUAUUUAUAAAUAGAUUCUUUUCUAUAACGUUUUGUAUAUACUUAAUAUAUAUUAGUACGAUUUACGAAUAAAAAGAAGUAUAAUAUCAA